AUGGGACCUGAGGUGGAGGAAACUUCCCCGAAUAGGAGACACAGCCGAGCAAACCCGGCUGGUGACGAGGGCACGAAGAAUCAAGUCAGCUCUCAGAGAAGAAAUGAAUGGCCCCCGGAGGAGAAAGAGCAAAGAGAAAAAAAGGAGGCACAGGUCAAAACAAACGGAAAGAAGGAGACCAUGACUGCCCAAGCCGAAACGGAGCAGACCCAACGAUCCCCACGAAUUUCCCCAAACAAGGCCCCGUAUCGUACGGAUACGGAGUACUUGGACAAGGAUGUCGAGGUACCUCAUAUAGAUAUGGACUGCUCGGGCGUGGUGCAGGUACUGACAGAGCUGGCAGAAUGUACCAGUGGACGACUGCUCCCAACGGGCUCACCGCCAAGUGGCCGGGGUUGCACAUGA